CACUUUGAGGGGGAAGCGGGGACGCCUGAGGUCCUAUGCCAAAUCACAUCUAUUCAUGCACUCGGCUCCGCUUCUGCCAGGAUGAGGAGAUAAUCGUGGACUUACCAUGGUGCAUCCUUGCAAACACCUUGUCCAGAACAAGGGGAGCUGCUGCUAACAUCCUUUUCGCCGGAUAGCCGUCGGCUGUCGCGGCGGGGCUUUCAGUGUAUAAGGAUGGUUCGACGUCCUGACACCUAGCACCUUUCGCUUGCACGUCCAGUGGUCUUGUUUAUCGAUCUUUCCCAGUCACAGCAUCUGUACACAAUAUGGGAGACCCGUCUGACGGUCAACAGAAACCGGAACGUAUCUUGCACCGAGAUCUCUUCGAGUACGCGCAACGGUCUCGCACAGAUGGACCAUAUGCAGAUGAUCUCGACAUUGAUGUUCUGAUUGUCGGUGCUGGCUUUGGUGGGACCUUCCUGCUCUAUGAGAUGCGCAAAGCUGGAUUCAAGACUGUUCUGUAUGAGGCUGGUACCAGUUUUGGAGGUACGUGGCGCUGGAAUGUAUAUCCAGGUGCCCGAGUCGAUUCGGAAGUACCUAUCUACCAGCUUGCUAUCCCGGAAGUAUACAAGACUUGGACUUGGACCACGAACUACCCAGACUAUCACGAAUUACAAGCCUAUUUUGACCACGUCGAUAAAGUGUGCGGUCUGAGCAAAGACUGCGCAUUUGGUAGCGUGGUCACCUCUGCCGAAUUCGACAAAGAUGCCGGAAAGUGGGUAGUCAAGACCGCUGACGGACGUACCGCCAAAUGCAGGUACUUGAUCAUCGCUGCUGGCUUUGCUGCCAAGCGUUACAUCCCUGACUAUCCGAGCAUGGACAAAUUCAAAGGCAUAAUGCACCACUCAUCUUUCUGGCCGCCUGAAGGGGUGGACGUCAGUGGAAAGAAGGUUGCGGUCAUCGGCACCGGUGCCUCCGGUGUGCAGAUGAUACAGGAAUGGGGACCUCAAGUCGAGCAGCUCACCGUCUUCCAAAGAACACCCAACCUCGCCUUGCCGAUGGGAAAGAGGGACUUGACCAAGGAAGAGCAGGAAGCACUUUAUCCAACCCUUGACGAAAUGCUGCGUAUGCGCGAGAAGAACUUUGCGGGAUUUACCUAUGAUUUUGAGGAGCGCAACACAUUCGAAGACUCGCCCGAAGAACGCGAAGCUGUGUACGAACGCCUGUGGAAGAAGGCUGGCUUUGGCCUCUGGCUGGGCGCACACAAGGACUAUCUGUUUGAUAUGAAGGCGAACCGGUGUGUAUACGACUUUUGGCGCCGGAAGCAAAUGACACGCAUCAAGAAUCCAGAGAAACGCGAGAUAUUGUGUCCCGCUGAGCCGCCUCACGCAUUUGGUAUCAAGCGUCCAUGCCUCGAACAAAAUUUCUAUGAAGUCCUCGAUCGAGACAACGUAAGCAUCGUCGAUAUCAGCACCAAGUCUGGCAAUGAGAUCGCUGAAUUUACUGAAACCGGCAUCAAGACAAAAGAUGGCAAACACCAUGAGCUCGAUGUUAUUGCGCUCGCCACAGGCUUCGAUAUCACGACAGGCGGUAUGACCAACAUGGGUCUCAAGUCCAUUCACGGCACGACCUUGCGCGAUGAAUGGAAAAAGGCCGCAUACACGUAUCUCGGCACAACUAUCUCAGGCUAUCCAAACAUGUUUCACCUUUAUGGACCACACGGGCCAACCUUGUUGUCUAACGGUCCGUCCAGCGUCGAAGUUCAAGGGCGCUGGAUUCGUGAUGCCAUCAAAUUGAUUGAUCGCCAGGGGUGGAAAUACGUCAACCCUACGCGCGAAGCGAGCGAGAAGUGGAAGCAGCGUAUCAACGAAUUAAGCGACAAGACUCUCCUUCCAACCACGAGGUCAACGUACAUGGGCGGUAGCGUGCCAGGAAAGGCGUUUGAACAGGUUAACUACGCUGGUGGAAUCCCGGAGUAUGUGAAAGAGAUCAGGCUGGUGCUGCCGAGUUUCUCAGGGUUUGAAACGGUGGCAGCUUGAACCAAGAGCACAGCGGGAGUUGCCUUGAAAGCGUCAUGUACACCGAUGCGAGUGCAAAUUUGAUGGCUCGGAAGGUGAG